AUGUCUUUGUUGGACAUGGGCAAGCUCGAGCUGUGUCGGGCGCUCAGCUGCGUCAUCGCGAUCUUCCUCAAUUCCUUCGUCGCAGCUGUUCCGUCGCCUAGUUCAUGGGCGAUAUCCUUCGGCUCGUCAGUGACCCAGCUCUCUCAAACUAUGAUGCGUAUAGCCAGCACUUCUGAUUCAGAGUAA